ACCGUGGGGCCGCCCCCUGCGCUCCCCACACCUCGCCCUGCGACGACCGCACGGCCCGCCCCCUGGCGACGCAGGCGUCCCUAACGACCCUGCGGCCAGUGAGGGCGAGCGCCCGGCCUGCGGAGCUGGAGAGGGACCUCUGGGAGAGGGGACACCCACCCAGGGCUUCCCGAUCGAUCCUACGCACGGGAGCGGGGCCCAGAAGCCCCUGGGGCUCCAGCGCCCUCCUCACACACAGCCCAUCGCCUCGGCCCCACACUUCCAGCAGCGGGGAAGCGCUGGUCCAGCGGGAGGGCUGCAACCCUGCAGCUCCAGAAGCUUCCCUCCUGGUUUCCCUUGGUUACCGAAGAGAAGCCAGAGCCUCUUCACCCCAGGCUCCCAGGGAAGACAGUGCUGCUCACUGACACCCGCAGCUGCAGACUGGUCCCCAUCUGAACCAAGGACCGGCCAGUCUGAGAAGUUUCCUGUUGCAAGGUCACCAAGGGGCUUUGUGUUCCUUCCUUGCCACGCCCCAGCAUGCAGGGCACCCUAACACCACCAUUAGUGUCCGUCCCCAGCCAGUCCACAUCCUCCAACCAGGGCCCGCCGCCCACUGCAAGCCAGAUUUCAAACGUAGGCCCACAGCCUUCGAAGACCUUGUCCCCCUCAGGCCCACAGCCUUCGAAGACCGUGUCCUCCUCAGGACCACAGCCUUCGAAGACCGUGUCCUCCUCAGGCCCACUCCCAGCAAAGAGCAAGCCCACAAAUGUGCGUCACAUGCGCCGGAUCAUCGCUGAGGAUGCUGAGUGGUCACUGGCCAUUGUGCCCCUCCUCACAGAGCUCUGCAUUCAGCACAUCAUCAAGAACUUCGAGAAAAACCCUAUCCUGAAGCAGCUGCUCCCAGAGCACCAGCAGAAGGUCUUGAACCACCUGUCCCCUGAUCUGCCGCUGGCUGUGACCGCCAACUUGAUCGAGGAUGAGAACUACUGGCGUCGCUGCUGCACCAAGCGCUGGCCGGUGUGCCACGUGUCCAAGCAUGGCGGCAGCUGGAAACACAUGUUCUUCGAGAGGCACUUGGAGAACUUGCUGAAGCACUUCAUCCCGGGUACCACGGACCCCAGCGUCAUCCUCGACUUGCUGCCCCUCUGCAGGAACUACGUGCGCAGGAUCCGUGUGGAUCAGUUCCUUCCACCCGUGCAGCUCCCAACCUCGCCGCUGACCCGGGAGCCGUCCGAGUCGGAAAGCGAGGUGGACUCGGAGGAGCCCACCAUGGACCACUACCAGCUGGGCGAUCUGGUGGCCGGCCUGAUCCACCUGGAGGAGCUGGACCUGGUGUACGGUGUCAAAGACUGUGGCAUGAACUUCGAGUGGAACCUCUUCCUUUUCACCUACCGAGACUGUCACUCCUUGGCGGCCACCAUCAAGGCAUGCCACACCCUUAAGAUCUUCAGGCUGACUCGAAGCAAGGUGGAUGAUGAGAAGGCCCGCAUCCUGAUCCGCAGCCUGCUUGACCACCCAGCCCUCAGGGAGCUGGACCUGUCGCACAACCUCAUUGGGGACCGUGGUGCACGUGCUGCUGCAAAGCUGCUCAGCCACAGCCGCCUGCGCGUGCUUAACCUGGCCAAUAACCAAGUGCGUGGGCCGGGCGCGCAGUCGUUGGCUCACGCCCUGGCGCACAACACCAACCUCAUUUCCCUCAACCUACGCCUCAACUGCCUGGAAGAUGAGGGCGGCCAGGCACUUGCCCAUGCCUUGCAGACCAACAAGUGCCUUACCACACUGAACCUUGGUGGCAAUGAGUUGUCCGAGCCUACAGCCACGCUCCUCGCCCAGGUGCUUGCCAUCAACACCACGCUCACCAGCAUUAACCUGUCCUGCAACCACAUCGGGCUGGAUGGUGGCAAGCAGCUCCUGGAAGGCAUGUCAGACAACAAGACCCUCCUGGAAUUUGACCUCCGCCUAUCAGAUGUAGCCCAGGAGAGCGAGUACCUCAUUGGCCAGGCCCUCUGUGCCAACCGGGAAGCUGCCCGUCAGCGGACCUUGAAUCCUGGCUAUUUGACAUCUCCCAUCAUUGCCAAUGACCCUGAUCAUUCUGUGGAAUAAGAGGGGGGACAGGGACCUGACUUGGGUCAUUACCUCAGCUCCAUCCAGAAUUUCAUGCUUUUGCUGGGCACUCUGCUGCAGAUGUCACAGUGGUUCAGAGGAAGGGGGAGGGGAGACCAAUCCUUGAAGUGAGUGAUAGAGGGUCAUAGGCAAACUGAUGGGAGAUGGGGAGGGGAACUGGGAUAGAGAAAGAAGAGGUAUAAAGCAGACACCUAGUUUGGGGACCCAGAAAAAGGAUUACUGGACCCCACGAAUAACCAACUCCUUCCAGAAAUAGGUAAGGCAGAGAGGACUCUGAGGACUGUGCCUGAUUAGAUUUUCUCCUGUGAGGGCUGCCCACCUCCCUGGCUCACCACUCCCAUAUUCCUCUCUGCUGCGCAGACCUGUAACCUUCAAGUACAUACACACAUUCUCUCCCUCUUCCUCUCUCUCACUCUCUCCUUUUCCCUCUCCUUCUCUCUCCCCUCUUGCUACAGCAGAAUCAUGUCUGGCUCUUUCUGCCACCUUCCUGUUGCCUGAUUCUAUAAGGUCGGGUUCUAUAGGUCACACCAUCCCCUAAUCCCCAACUCUCAACUUGAGAAGGGGACAAUGGGUGACAGGAGCUCAGACCUCCCUUGAGGAGGCAAUCAUAGAGAAUGACUGCUGGUGAAGUGUGGUAUUACUCCUGCCAUCCACCCCAGGGAGCUUCUUGCAGGAGAAAGGAGAUAGGGAAGGAGCGCACACUGGGAAAGAGAGGUCAGUGAGUCAUCCGCAACUUUAUUAUCCACCAGUUUGAUUUGUACAAUCUUUGCGCUUGGAUAUCCACAACAGAAAGGCCACAGUGUGAUGCACCCAAUUGACAGAGACCUGUCUUCUCCCCAGCCAGGCCCAGCCCACCCCACAAGCCCUUGUCCCCAGGACCAUGGAGCCUUCCAGGUGCUCUCCAUGAAUCCCCAGCACUCUGUGGCUGCCCAACCUGGGACCAAACCCACAGGAAUCACAUCAGCCCAUGGGGCCACAAGAGGACCUGACUGAUGGAUUCAGGCUGAGCUUCAUCCUCCAUUCUCUUUGGGCUGAGUGGCCCAGAGCCUCCAAAUCCAUGUCCCCAUAGGGCGGGCCAUGGGCUACAACCACAAUCCAGGAGUGCCUGCCUUCUAACAAACAGGCGCUGAGCAGAGCACCAAAGGGGGCUUGGGAGUGACUGCAGCAUGUGCCUGUCUGGGCCACCUAAAGUCCUUCCAUGCCUGACACCCUCUGACAGUUCCGGAGUGCAAACGUGUAGGUGUGAGGGUAGGUGUGUGUGUAGCCACAGCUGCUAGCAGAGGUUCUAAUUAGAGAAACAAGAACAUUCAGUGUAAAGUUUAAUUUUAGAGAUUAAUUAAUUUUCUGGUUUUCGUUUUCCCUGGCAAUCAAUAAAGUCACCAAGAAAAUAGA